UUUCUCCCACGUGACUGUGGCGAGCGAAGCGUUGCCAAGGGGAAGUGACGUCACGGCGCUACGUUCACCACAGGAGAUGCGAGGCCUGUGACAAGCUUCUUGCGACGGUGGUCCGCUCUUAAAAUCCACCUCCAUCUUCCUUAUCCUUAGGGAAAAUGGUGACCAAACCGACAGGAGCAUAAUCUACAGACUCUAAACUUUCGCCUGAUCACAAUAUUGUGACAUUUCGGACUUUUAUAUAUUAGAAAAGGAAUGGUGAAAAGUGAAGUCCGUCGGAAGAAUCCGAAUUCUCCUCAGGGAUUCGGGGGGGUUGGGGUCGCGUAAAGAUAUAUAGGAUCGUAGCAGUUAAAUAACGCGUAAAAAUAUUAGCGUAAACCCAAAUUUAAAGGCCGACAGAAUCUGGUUUAAUAGAAAUUAGCUGAAAUACAAUCGAGUGACUCAUUCGAGAGAAACCAAUAAACAGCGAUGGAGCUACGAGUUGGAAACCGAUACAGACUGGGUAGAAAAAUUGGAAGUGGAUCAUUUGGAGACAUUUAUCUGGGCACAGACAUUUCAGUUGGAGAGGAAGUGGCCAUCAAACUGGAAUGUGUGAAGACAAAGCACCCACAGCUCCACAUUGAGAGCAAGAUUUACAAGAUGAUGCAGGGUGGAGUUGGCAUUCCUACUAUAAAGUGGUGUGGUGCAGAAGGAGAUUAUAAUGUGAUGGUGAUGGAGUUGCUCGGCCCCAGUCUGGAGGAUCUCUUCAAUUUCUGCUCCAGGAAGUUCAGCCUGAAGACUGUCCUGCUUUUGGCUGAUCAGAUGAUUAGCCGCAUCGAGUACAUCCACUCCAAGAACUUCAUUCACAGAGACGUGAAGCCUGAUAACUUUCUGAUGGGCUUGGGAAAGAAAGGCAACCUGGUCUACAUCAUUGACUUUGGCCUGGCCAAGAAAUACCGUGAUGCACGAACACACCAGCACAUACCCUAUCGCGAGAAUAAGAACCUGACGGGCACUGCGCGUUACGCAUCUAUCAACACACAUCUUGGCAUUGAGCAGUCUCGGCGGGAUGACCUGGAGUCUCUCGGUUAUGUACUGAUGUACUUCAACUUGGGCUCGCUCCCUUGGCAGGGGCUGAAAGCCGCCACCAAGAGACAGAAGUAUGAGCGUAUCAGUGAAAAGAAGAUGUCCACCCCCAUUGAAGUUCUCUGCAAGGGCUACCCAUCUGAAUUUGCUACGUACCUCAACUUUUGCCGAUCACUGCGAUUUGAUGACAAGCCAGACUACUCCUACUUGAGACAACUCUUCAGGAAUCUGUUCCACAGACAGGGCUUUUCCUAUGACUACGUGUUUGAUUGGAACAUGCUCAAAUUUGGCGCCAACCGUACAGCAGAGGAGGCAGAACGUGAGAGGAGAGAGCGAGAUGAGCGGAUGAGGCACAGCAGGAAUCCUGCAGCUCGUGGGAUCCCAGCAGCCUCAGGCAGACCCCGCCCCACACAGGACGGAGCUCCUUCCACCCCCCUCACACCCACCUCUCACACAGCGAACACAUCCUCACCGAGACCGGUCACUGGCAUGGAGCGCGAACGUAAGGUCAGCAUGCGGCUUCAUCGUGCAUUUCCCGACCAGGAGUGCAUGAGCCUUCUGCAUUCUCCUCUAAACUUCCUCUAUUCUUCAGUGAACGAGCACUACCACGUGCAUAUUGUCUCCAUGUCCCAGAAGCCUCCACUUUGCAAUAUGGAGCAGGAUGGGCAACCUAACUACACAUGGCUGAUUGACAGCUCUCCACCAUCAGCUAAUAGAUCGGGCCUGGUGAGGUUCCUUUCCCGCGGUGAAGCUGGUGGUAUAGAGUGGACGGACCACAAAGGGGCCAGAAUCCCAGCAUACAUCGCUCAUGGCAAACUGACUCCACAGCGUGGUUUUCACUCAUACACGUCCUCACAGCAGGACCCUCCCAUGGCUAUUUUGGGCUCCACAUACUUUUGUGGAAGUCAUGCCAAUUUGUCAGUCCUGUAA